AUGGCUCCAAAGAGAAAUGAGGCUUCAAAGAAACAGAAAACCUCAGGAGCUGGAACUUCAAGAGAAGAACAAACCUUUGACCAGACAAGAUUCAUUGGACCAGAACAAGAGGAAAGGUAUACGAAACUUGUGGGAAGAUCCAUCUGGUAUGAAAGAAUAUUUGAUAUCAACCUUGAAGGAACCUACAAGUCCUUACCUGGUAUAUGGACCAGUCAAAAAUGGGAUAAGCUUUUGAAUCCCCACCAUAAAAUUAACACUGAGCCACACUUCCACCUUCACAAUGGAUACAACUUAAAUUAUGUACUUGCUCAUGUCAGGUGGCGAGUUGAUAUCGGUCAAAUCAUUGCUAUCGAAAUGAAAAAUGUUGCAGAAAGUUGUAAGAAGUUUAGGGCCGGAACCAGAAGUGCUCAUCCUCUUGUUUAUCCCAGUCUUAUCAUGGGAUUGAUCAUUGCUUCUCAAGGGGAGGCAACUGGCCAUGAAAAUGAGAAUGAUGAUGAGCAACAUACUGAAGCAGAAGAAGAAGUAGAGGCUGAAGCAGGAGAUGAAGAAGGAACUUCUGGUGGUUCCAAGGCAGCAUCUGAAGCUGGUGAUAAUUAUGAUGAGUUCAUGGGAGGAGAGUAA